AUGCGGAAACGCUUGUGUACCGUACUCCGUGUCACACUACCGAAUUCUGCGUGGUCGAAAUUAAUCCGGAGCCUGGUAUCAACUUGGUAUAACUCCUUUUUUAUGUAUGUACUUUAUCUCUUACACAUAGCCUAAAUACCAACCAACGCUUAGUGUAGCGUGUUAUCAAUCGUCCAAGAGCUACUGCUGCCUUCUACAUUCACUGAGGCGAAAAGCGAGUGUCACAGCUUUUCGUCUGCGGCUGGUCUUGUGUACCGUAGCCAAUGCGUAGGGGGUAAAGUUACGGACGCCGCUGGCAUCUACAACUAUUCCGAUGAUCCGCAAGGCGAUGCGCGCCCGACCCUCUCUCGGCGUGUCUGUGGAGGAGAGGGCCGGCGUUGAAAACGAGCACGUGACAGCGCUUCCGUGCGAAAACGAAACUUCGCUGUCGUCAUGGCGUGUUUGGAUCUCUUGCACGGGCUGAGCUGCUCUGGAUUGGGUUCCAGAUCUGUUUGUGAUGAAGGAACUGCCCACGAUGGACUGAAGUUUUAUUUACGAAAAGCUGAAGCGAUGGAUCGCCACGAAGUAAUGCGCCUCCUUGAUGAAGACCGUGCGCGCGAUCUAGGAUUUUCAGAAUCCUGGGAAAGUGCCAAAGGCCUGUACCGCACUUUUCAAUACCGGUUCCCGUGUGCAGUAGAUGACGACGAGAUUGGCAUCACGAAAGCCCACUGCAUUGCAGUCAUCUGUUACACUCUCAAGCAGCCCAACAUUUGCCGUACGUUUAACAAAGCGUGCCGCUCUGCGCGGGCCACGGAGUCUAGCUGGCGUGAGUUUCAAUUCAAGAGUCUCUGGUGCCUGCUCAUCGAUGCCUUUAAACUCCUGCCGCACUUUAACGCUGUACCUCAAACGUUGUAUCGCGGAGUCAAAACAGCGAGGUCCUACAGUGAAUGUGAGACCGCCAGGUUUCCUCACUUCGUGUCGGCUAGUGUGUGUCUAUUUCAGGCGGCCAAAUUUGGACGCGGAGGAAGCAUCUUAGCGUUGGAAUCAGUGCCGCCUCAAUUUGUGCGCGACAUCAGUCAAUAUUCCGUGUAUCCGCAUCACCAAGAAGUGCUGGUAUGGCCGCUGUGCACGUUCACCGCCGCCUGCACGCGUGCCAGCGAUAUGAAAUGCUUUACGUUUCGAGAUGCUGUGCCGCUGCGUGACCCCAUACCCCUGUCUCUUGUGACGCCAAAGACGGCUGACUGUCUACGAGAAGUCGACCGAGACGCGCGUCUCAGUCUCCUGCUGGCGCAGGUGCACUUGCUUUGCGUCGCGCCGACGCAACUGACAGCGGACAUUGGCAGCGUCGUACUGGAUCAAGGAGAUCUCGAACAUCUCAAGCGACGAGAUAGGUCGGUUCUUUGGUCCUUCCUUGCCUUUAGUAUUUGCAUGUUUCGCAAUAACGUCGUAAAUGUGCCCGGUAGUUGGUUGCCUAAAGCCCGAUCCGCAAGGAACAAAUUUCCGACGCAUUUUCGGCGUGGACGCGCAACGAAUCUCAUUGGCGUCCCUCAACCAGUGGUGCCACAGAUACUGAUCUAUUAGUAGACCUACUGAUUUAUUUACAUUAUUUAUUAAUUCACUAUUACUCCCAAAUCUACUGUUUUUCGGCCUGUCUCAGAAAACUAAGGUUAAAGUAUUACUUUUUGAAGUUAAAUGUUUGCACUUGGCUAUACUUGGUCAUGGCUGAUCACUUCACUGUAGUGAUAUUUUUUUUUCCUUCAACCUACACUAGCUACACGAGUGUCGCUAGGGUACGAAGUAAUUUUUUUUAGUCUGCAGGAAAAGUGUAGCCCUGCCCACCUACACGAAGCGAUUUUUAUAGCAGAAGUAUAGCGUGAGAACUACACUUUCUACACGACAGUUUUGAUGGGUGUAGGCAGCAGACGACAAACAGGCUUGCGUUACAAACGCGUGGCACCAUUUUGUGUGCGACUGUCAAUGCUGUCUGUAUACAUGUGGUGAUGACAGUGAAGGUUCGCUGCAGGGACAGCAGCAAAGUGCUGGAGUGACCGUGUGUCACAGAGGAAAGUGAGCUAAUCUUCUAAGAAUACAAAAUUAUCUUACUCACGGAGUUGUCUUUGGACGCUGCACAUCCGGGGAUGUAUUUAGCUGCAGUUUGUCUAGAUUUGUUGCUGAAAGAAAACUAGUACAUUGUCUUUAUUGCUCAAGCAAGGGCAUAUGCGCAGCCAGUGGGUGCGAAGUCAGGCGAAGUGCAAAGUCGGGCCCUUUUAGUCUGCUUACGCAGAAGACGACAUGCCAUCUGCUCUGAUUGGCUACAUUCAAGUCAGCCGAGUGCAGCACAUGACAUCACAGCCUCUGCCUGAAACUACACUCGUCUGCCCAAGCCUGCACGAAAUGUGGGUUAAAAAAAAAAAAAAAAAAAAAAGGCCUCAUUAUCACUGGGCAAGGGCAGCUUAAAUUUCGAAUCUUACAGUAGCAAGUAGCGCACACCACUGCAGCAGUACCGGCAGUAGCGAAAUUUUGGCAUUAAUUAAAGUAAGUCCUUGCUCAUAAAUUUUGUGCUUCCUAGAUCCUCGCAACGUGAUAAAUGCUGUUCCGCCAUUUGGGUUAGAAUUUCUCGUAAUGUUUAGGUUAGAUCUAAGAAUGCCUGUUAUUUCUGUUAAUAAUAAAGCUAAUUAGAAGAAAUUUAUGCACAGUAUAGAGUUUAUUCUAUUUUCGAAUAUGACUUAAGUUUCUGAAUAGCUUAUCGGGCUAUUUCUCUGCACCCUCUCGAAGUGGGAAAAGUAGGGUCCUAUGUGUAGGGUUUGGGCAUCAUACUAGGUCUCGGAGAGUGUUAUAAAAUAACCUAUAUUGCUCCUUAUAAACAAACAAUUGCAAGGAAGCUCAAAAAGUUUCUAUUAGCCUUAUUAAAGGAAACAUUUUAAAUUUUGACUAUAGUUAUCAAGAACAGUCAUAAUUGGCUUCCAAAGAUCAAAAUAACCAAAAAUGGUCCAAAUGACAAUAAAACCUAUGUGCAGUCAACCACAAAAUUUUACGGAACACGGGAUCUGAGGAAAAGCUGUAUAUCUGUGCAGCCACACCAAUGCAGCCUAGUAUUCACAUUUACAUAUAUAUGAGGACAACAUUGUGAUGUUCGGUUUUACUGACUGCUGUUACAGGCUGCUUGGAAAUUGAAUGUUUUCCGAGAUCCUGUGGCCCGUAAACUUUUGUGGUUGACUGUACUUGCAUUCUAUGCAUAAUUGUACACUAGCAGGCAAAAUUUGGCUGAGCUUGAGUCACAUUAUGUACCAGAAUUUUUGUGUACAAGUAUUAAAAACAGCAUGAGAAUAAAAAAAGAGAAACGAAGUUGAAAGUUUCUAAACAUGCUUAAUAUUAUUGCAGAUAAUUAAGUUGCAUGGAAUUGAGCCAGAAUGUGAACCAGUCCUUCCAGAAGUGUAAAAAUACAAAAUCCAUCUAUGGAGGUGGUACCCUCAGAGCCCUUGCGAGAGAUGACAUUCUUUUGAUUCUUCUCUGGUCUUCUCUGAUUGCUCGGAGCAAUCAGCUCCUAGUUGGAAAAAUGCUCAACUCCUGUAGGACUUCCUAGAAGCAUUUGUGGCUUUCGUUAAACCACAGUAUGGCUAAGAAGUGAGCAUCUCCACGACUGUGUGAAAAGCAAACUUUGUGAUGGCACACAGCAACCGAAUUUUACUGUGGAGAGACUCGGCCACAUUUCGGGGUUUGCCCUGAAUACAGCGAGACAAUAGCUUUUCGCUUGUCAGCCUCUCAUAUGUAGGAAGCACAGUCGGCGGUUGAGCACUGGUUAAAAGCAGACCAUGAGCUGGUGCUGACUCGGCCAGGGCUAGUUGCUCGCUUGUUGUUACACCAGGAAAGCUCACCAUCUGGCCAGAAGUUGUGGUUGUGAGCCUCAUCAGUAGAGCAUGAAUGGCAAAAUGAAGCCCCUACAGCUACCGUACCUUGAUUAGAAUAAUUUUUCAGUCUUCUUGUUUUAGAAUUGCCUUGAUUUCUUUAUGCAUCAAAAUAGAAUGUUGAAGCACUGGCAGUCUUUAGGGAUGUGCGAAUAGUGGUUUUUGAGACCAAACCGAAUAGUGCCAGAAGCUAAUCGAAUUGACUAGUGAAUACUUUUCAAUAAAUGAACGGCUAUUUUCAGUUAUUAUAAAACAAUGUUCACAUCCCAGUAUUCUUACAGUUAGCAAGUUGCUCUUAUUACAUAGUACUUUAUGAAGCGUUUAUUAAAAGCACGAAUGGAGCAAAUAGAAGCAAAAAAUUUUUUAGCAUGCACAGGGCUCUUCAGAGAGUGUGAAUGGUCGCUGCACAGCCUGUAAAGUAUAGCUACCAAAGUGACGUAGCCUGCUCCACUACGCAAGUUACUAAGCUUUAUGUCUGCACUAUGGUUGCAGGGAUGAACAUGUACCGUACUUUUGCUCCAAUAUUAUGUUUAUUUGGUCGCAGUUGACGUUUUGAAAUAUUCGAAAAGUAUCGAAAAAAUAUUCGCAUUUACGAACAGUGACAAACAAUUUUAGGAGCUGAAGUGGUCAAAUGCCUCCCGGGCCUUGCUGCAUCAUAGGUUCAAAAUACACCCUGUUGAAAUUGUGAACACCACUUCUUAACGGUGGACAGGGCGGGCACUUGUUGCCCAGUGUUUUGCUUAAUUUCCAUAAAUGGACCUUUGGAGUUUUCUUCUGAAACAACAAAAACUUCAUGACAUGGCUGGAACAACUGCUUGAAAAGUGAAAAUCUGCACACCAUCACAUGAAAGGGUGUUAUUUUUUAAGAAAUCAAUAAAAUUAUACACAUUAUUUUCGAAAUUAUCUGGGCCGACAACUUUUCAGCACCACUGUACACUCUUUAGUCAAUGAUAGGUUAGGAAUAUAGGCGAGCUAUUUCGAAAAUGGUGUGUAUAAUUUUAUAAUGUUACCUUGUGUAAUCUUUCUAAGCACUCGUAGAACAUGCCGUAAGCAAAACUAUAUGGCGACACCAUAGUUCACCUAAACAAAGCAUUUAUGUACUCAUUUCAGCACAUCAAAAGAAUUUCAGCUGUUCAAAAUUAAUCUGGAG